AAUCUGUAAUUUCUAAUGUUAUACCAAAAUUAUGAGAGCACAAUUUCUUGAUAUUUUCCAGGCAUGGAGGCAUUGGAAAGAUGGGACCUCACUAGAAUUGAUGGAUCCAACUUUAAGAGAUUCUUAUGUGAUUAAUGAAGUUACCAGGUGUACCCAGAUUGGAUUGUUCUGCAUUCAAGAAAAACCAAUACCAACCAUGGCAAGAGUAGUUCUCAAGCUUAGCAGCACAUCCGUUACUCUUCCUCACCUCAACAGAUUGCAUUCAUCUUUGGCAGUAUCACAGGAGUAAGCAGUGCAAGUGUGGAGCAGGAGCCAAACAAAAAUGCGAAAAAUUCAACCUCUUUCUCAGAAGACAAUACCCCUGAUCAUGUACAGCAUUAUAGUAUUAUUAAGGGAUAUAAUACUAUUCAAUUAUUCUUUGAAGUUAUUGAAUGAAAUUAUACUUGCCUU